AUGGAGUUUACUUAUUAGUGGACAAUGUAGAUGUAAGUAAAUAUAUAAUUAUAGAUUGCUAAGAAGAAAAAAAGGAGUCUGUUUUUGAUUGGGUGGAUGACCUCAUUGAGGUAAGAAGCUGAGCCCUGAAAGAUGUGAUAAGGAACCAGUCAUGCAGAGAACGAAACAAAAAGCCAUCAAAGUAUAGCAAACAGAAUUUACAAAGCUCUAAAGUGGGGAAACGCCAGGAAAUGAAAAAAGGCUAAUGCAGCUGUAGCACAAUAAGUAAGGGGGAGAGUAGGAAGAGAUGAAGUUGAAGUGGUAGGCUAGAGCCUUUGAGCAGGGAUCAAAGGGGUUCGCAUUUUAUUCUGAGUGUGAUAGAAGCCACUGAAAAAUUUUAAGUGUGGAAUGCCAAAAUCCAAUUUUUGAUUAAAAAGUUUACUCCUGCUGCUAUGCAGAGAAUGAAUUGGGUGACAGGGAUGAGUAGCAGGGAGAAGACCAGUAAUCUAGGUGAUAGAUGACAGUAUCUUCAGAUAGAGCAGUGGUGAAGAUGGAGAGAAAUAGACAGAUUAAGGUAUAUUUUGGAGGCAAAAUUUGGAAGACUUAAUGAUGGAUUAGAAGGGAAUAAGGGCGAAGGAGGGAUCUACUGUGAUUUUCAGGUUUGGGGGUUAAGCAGUUGUCUGGGUGGUGGUACCAUUUACUGAAAUGAAGAAAACUGAAGGAAGAACAGAUGGGUGGACGAGAUGGGGAAAUAGAGAAUUCUGUUUUAAACAGACUAACUUUUAGGUAUCUUUACUAUAUUCAAGUAGAAAUAUUUGAUUAGCAGUUGUAUAUAAGAAACUUGUAGCUCAGAGGAGAGGUUUGUAUUGCCGAUAUAAAUUUGGGAGUCAUCGACAUAUGGAUGAUGUUUAAAACCAAGGGAUUGGAUAGGGUCACUGAGAGAUUAUUUGGUUUGAUGGUUAUCAUCACCCUCGGGCCUGUGGCAACUAGUGUAUUUGAAUAUCUUUUAGGGUUUAAAGCAUUAGAUUUCAGUAACUGGGAAAAUGAACUGUCAUUACAGAUCUGCAGACGGUCAUGUAUUUGUUACCCUGUGUUGCCCCAAAAUGCCCCAUUCUUUGGUGGUGAGAGAGAAACAAGCUCUCAUGUCUGCAGGUGUUCCCCUUGAUCUGGCCCUUAAGCUUGCUGGUUUCUAUUUUCAGUAGGCUGAGGAAAAGGGUCACUUUUCUGCCACCUACAGGACAGACCAUGAAGCUGAAGGAACUUGAGCGGCCCGCUGUCCAAGUGUGGAGCCCAGCUAGCCACUACUGUGUUUUCUUGUGCCUAGGAACAUCUGCCCAGCAGCUAGAUGCCUCCUUUAGUACAGAUGGCAUAUUGGAAAUCUUUGAGGUUGAUUUCAGGGACCCCUCUCUGGACUUGAAAUGCAAGGGAGUCCUUUCUCCCUCCAGCAGGUUUCACAAGCUGAUCUGGGGGAGCUUUGGCAACGGGCUUCUGGAAGGCUCCGGGGUUAUUGCAGGCAGCGGGGAUGAUGGCAUGCUUACUCUAUACAAUGUGACCCACAUCCUGUCUUCGGGGAAGGAGCCUGUGAUUACCCAGAUACAGAAGCACACGGGGGCUGUCAGAGCCCUUGACUUUAAUCCGUUCCAGGGCAACCUCCUGGCCUCAGGGGCCAAUGAUUCAGAAAUAUUCAUUUGGGAUUUGAAUAACCUGAGUGUGCCAAUGACCCCAGGAUCCAAGUCACAGCAGCCCCCAGAAGACAUCAAGGCACUCUCUUGGAACCGUCAAGUUCAACACAUUCUGUCUUCUGCUCACCCCAGUGGCAAGGCAGUCGUGUGGGAUCUCAGGAAGAAUGAACCUAUCAUCAAAGUCAGUGAUCACAGCAACAGGAUGCACUGCUCAGGCCUGGCCUGGCACCCAGACAUUGCCACCCAGUUGGUGCUCUGUUCAGAAGAUGAUCGUCUUCCAGUAAUUCAUCUGUGGGACUUGUGCUUUGCCUCCUCACCCCUGAAGGUGCUGGAGAGUCACAGCAGGGGGAUCCUGCCAGUGUCAUGGAGUCAGCUGAGUAGUGCCAAGGACAACCAGAUCUUGUGCUGGAACCUGGAGAGCAGCGAGGUGGUGUAUAAGCUGCCCACACUGAGCAGCUGGUGCUUUGACGCGCAGUGGUGCCCUUGGGACCCUCCAGUGUUCGCUGCCGCCUCCUUCGACGGCUGGAUCAGCUUAUGCUCUGCGGCGGGUAGGAGCUGGGAAGUCCGGCAGAUGAGGCAGGCUGACAAGACCUCUUCUUCCUUUAGCAAAGUCCAGCAUCUCCCACCAUUGCAGGUGCCAGAGCAAGUGGCCCAAGCAUCAUUGAUAUCUCCCCUGAAAACAAACCCCAAAUGGAUGAGAAGGCCAGCAGGUGUCUCAGUUGCUUUUGGGGGGAAGCUGGUUACCUUUGGCCUCCCCAGCACCCGUGCCCAUCAGGUGCCACAGCCUUGCCUCUGCCUAGUCUUCAUCAGUCAGGUCACCACAGAACCUGAAUUCCUCAUGCGGUCAGCUGAGCUGCAGGAGGGCCUGGGAUCAGGAAAUCUCCUGAAUAGUCAGAACAAGAUCCAGCAAGCAUCACUGGAAAGCGAAAAGAUGCUCUGGCAGUUCCUGAAAGUGACCUUAGAGAAGGACUCCAGAAUGAAAUUCCUAAAACUAUUAGGAUACAAUAAAGGUGAACUUCAGAAGAAGGUGGCCACAUGGUUGAAGAGUGAUUUGGGGCUGGGUGAGAGCCCUCAGCCCAAGGGAGUUGACCUCAACAGUAACAGACAACAGGCCUUUUGCAUCCAGGUGCGGCUCAUGGUCCCCCACCUGUUUUCAAACAGGAGGAGGAGGAGCACAGGGAAGCUGUGCCAUUUAAGAAGUUUCUGUCUCUCUACAGACAUGCUGGGAACUCACAUGGAGCAGGAGGGUGGCAGGGCACUAAAUUCUGAAGCCAGACUCUGUUACGUGUGCUCAGGAAGUGUGGAGCGGCUGGUGGAGUGCUGGGCAAAAUGCCCCUGGGCUUCAUCCCCCAUGGCUCUACAGGACCUGAUGGAGAAGGUGAUGGUCCCUAACAGGAGCUUGAAGCUACUGCGGGGUACUGAUGGGGUGAGCCCAGGCCCUGCCACAACCUACAGAAUCGCUCAGUAUGCCAACCCCCUGGCAGCCCAGGGCAGCCUGGUCACUGCCAUGAGCUACCUACCCAGUGACAGUGCUCAGCCACCAAUUCAGCAGCUGAGAGAUUGGCUUUUUCAUGCCCAGGGUUCUGGUGUCUUGGGCCAGCAGUCUCCCCUUUCCCCUUUCCCCUUUCCCCGGGUUAUUGUGGGAGCUGCUCCCCACUCUCAAGAGACAUCAUCUCCCAGACUGGGAUUCCAGUCUUCUCACCAGGUUUCAUCUCCAUCUCCAAGGCCAAGGAUUUUUACACCUCAGUCAUCACUUGUGAUGCCCUUGACACCUUCCCGUCCUAGCCCUUAUCAGGGCUCCAGAAUGCAGAAUACAAGUGACUACAGGCCAUCUGGGUUCCAGGAAGCCCAGUCUUUGCCUGUGGUCCCUGGGGUAAGGCCUGCUUUAUCUCAGCCGCAGCUGUCGGGAGGGCAAAGGGUGCAAGCUCCUAACCCCGCGGGAUUCCCUGGAACAUGGCCUCUUCCUGGUCCACCCACGGUACCCCCAGACAUUAUGCAGGCUGGUUCUGCCUCCCUGCCUGAGACUCCUCGAAGGCUCCCUCUGCUUCCUGUGAGAGCACCAGGCCUCAACCCUAUGAGCUCCCAGCCGCCAGCCCCUCCUGUCACCUUCUCUGAAGCACACCCUCCAGGAGGGCCAGGUGCUCCAUGCGCCGAUACCUUCCCAACCACUGGCAUCUUGACUCCUCAGCCAGGACCUCAAGAUUCCUUGGAAAAUGCUCCAGUGCCCAGGGGAAACCUCCAGAGGAAAGAGUUGCCAGAGACAUUCAUGCCCCCAGCACCAAUUACUGCUCCAGUUAUGUGCCUCACCCCUGAGCCACGAGGGGUCCUUUCCUCACAGCCUGCUGUCCCCAGUGUGAGUCAUGCUCCCCCUGGAGCCCCAGGAGAACUUAGCCUGUAGCAACUUCAGCUGCCACCUGCGAAGAUGGACAGGAAGGAGCUGCCCCCUGAACAUCAGUCCUUGAAUAUCAGCUUUGAGGCGCUUCUGCAGCGCUGCUCCCUGUCUGCCACUGACAUAAAGACAAAACGGAAGCUGGAUGAAGCAGCCCAACGUCUAGAAUGUCUAUAUGAGAAGCUCUGCGAAGGCGCGCUCUCGCCUCCUGUCCUGACUGGGCUCCACGAGGUUGCCCAAUGUGUGGACGCAGGACGCUUUGAGCGGGGCCUCGCUGUGCAUGCUCAGGUGGUGAGCUGCAGCAGCUUCAGCGAGGUCUCCAGCUUCAUGCCUGUCCUGAAGUCCGUCCUCACCAUCGCUUAUAAGCUACACAUCUAGACCAGGCAGCUCCUCUUGCCAGGAGGCCACUUCUACUUUACUUAACUCCUUCCUGCAGGAAAGGGGAAUUUCGGAACAGAUUCCGUUUGUUUUUCCUAGCCCUCUUCCCUUGCUGCCAGGUAUAUGAUGCUGUAGGCUUGGCUCCAAACAGGCAGAGUGCCUGCUCUCCGCCCCUUUAUGCGUGGCCCUCUGGGAUCUGCUCAGGGCUCUCUCAGCCUGUUCUUCUUCACUUUCCCUAAAACUGUACUCCAACAGGGCCUGGCGCAGUGUGUCUUCUCCCCCAGGGAUAUUCUAAGUGGCUUCUGAGAGGGUGAGCAGGAUCGUUACUUCCAAGUCUACCUCGACUGUACCCAUCUUUUGGGUCUUUUGUCUUUCCCCUUCUGUGGGUUAUGAGCCUGACUUUACCUUUUCCUUGCCUCUGACUUCAUAUUUCCAGGUUCAUACUUCUCUGAGCCACAGAGGCUGGGGUAGAGUUGACUGCUGUUCACCCUUUGAACAAGUCAUACACAUGAGGGAUGGGUGCUGAGCACAACGAAGAGAAGGAACUCAGACCCUUUUAAGAAGGGACCUCUCAACUGCCAGCAUUGUUAAGGGUGGGCUAGGUGAGGUGGAGGGUGGAUGGCAUACCUUUUGCUGAGAGCUGUCUUAGGCUAUGGGAUAGGAGCAGAGGGACCACUACCUGUGUGGAGUGGCCCCUGACUCAGCCUGCCUGAUCCCUGGCCCAAGGCCUAGACCACUCAUUCUGUGAUUAGAAGCCAGGUUCUGGAAUAGGAGCCAUAUUAAUGAAAGAGUCUUCUAGCACUGUUCUUCAAGGCUUGGAGGCCCUCUUCCCACAGCCCCACACUUCUCAGGGCUGCCUUCUCUGGCUGCGCUUUCAUGGUUGGACUCUGCAUUUGAAGCACUGAUGUACCUUAUGUGCAAUAAAGCUGCUUUAGUUUGGUUUCCUCCCAA